CACACUCGACUUGGUCGCCUGGCAGUCAAGAGACCGAGGCUGGUCGUCAGAAAUCGUUCUCAGUCGGGAAAAGAAGAAAAUCUUCAUUUUCCCGUCUCCUAUAGCGCGUCCAGUGGUUCAGGGAGAUGUCGACUCGUUAUUAGCUCGACCUCAGGCCAGGGUUAACCAAAGAAGACAAUCUCUUCUGUCCUUGACGGGGGGGAAGCAACACAACCAACAACGUAUUUUCAUUUUCUACCAAGACUGUGACGAUGACGGAGUACAAAUUAGUCGUGGUUGGUGCUGGUGGUGUGGGCAAAAGCGCACUCACCAUUCAGCUGAUCCAGAACCACUUUGUUGAUGAGUAUGAUCCUACUAUUGAGGACUCAUAUAGGAAGCAGGUGGUGAUUGAUGGGGAGACAUGUUUGUUGGACAUCCUGGACACAGCCGGUCAGGAGGAGUACAGCGCCAUGAGGGACCAAUAUAUGAGGACAGGAGAAGGCUUCCUCUGUGUCUUUGCCAUCAACAACACAAAGUCUUUUGAAGAUAUCCAUCAGUACAGGGAACAGAUCAAAAGAGUGAAAGAUUCUGAUGACGUGCCCAUGGUGCUUGUGGGUAAUAAAUGUGACCUCCCAGCGCGUACAGUGGACACCAGGCAAGCCCAGGAACUGGCUCGAAGUUAUGGAAUCCCUUACAUUGAAACCUCCGCCAAGACGAGACAGGGAGUGGAGGAUGCUUUUUACACCCUGGUCCGUGAAAUCAGGCAGCAUAAAUUGAGGAAGCUGAAUCCGCCAGAUGACAACGGCCAAGACUGCAUGAAUUGCCGCUGUGUGGUGUCAUGACUAGGUAACUUUUGUCAAAUGGAACAGACUUUUGGAGCUGCGUUGCUCCAACACUGCGAUGCCUCCACAGAUGUCAGAGGUUGGGACAGACUAUGUAAAAGGAAACCUUUAACGUCGGCACAAGUGGAUUCAGAUUCCACAUCUGUCUGCUGAGGGAACAUCUCUGACUCUGGCCUCUACUGGAGCUAAAAGAAGAUUUACCUCAUACACUAGUCUAAACACUGGGCUCGCUCGGACUAUGUUAAGGACUGCCACACACAAAAAAUAUGUUAUCUACACUAAUACACUAUCUACUCUCAACUGGAAAUAAUAGCUGACGAAAUAACCUCGCAUAUCACCUCAUCAGCUUUGGACUUUUGACCAACGCUAUGAAGGAGAGUAGAAUUUCUACAUUAUAUGGAUUUGCAAACAUGAUAAUGUUUAGACUAGAUGUGAAAAAAAUGACUUGUAUGCCAUUUGUGGAGAGGAGCAUAACUCAAUGUAAUGUACAUAUUUACUGACUUCUCUUACAAAGGAGGCUCUUCAUUGAUAUACUGCAAUUCUCAUAAGCUCCAGUGCAAUAGUUCAAAAUGUAUCACAAGGUACAGUGAUAAGGGAAAACACCUCUGGUAUAUCAUUGAUUUGCACAAGCCGUAGGGCUGUGUUUCAGCUGGGCACAUUGCCUAUGUGCUCCUCUUUUUCCUCUUUAUCCCUGGGCCUCAACAGACGUCAAAGGAAAAAAAAGCUAGUACAGUCCUAACUACAAACAUUUGACAAGGUUUGUCUGCUUUGUGAUAAAGUGUGGUUUUCUGGAACGUGGAAAUGUGGUGCCUGUAGAUUACUUUAUUUGACUGCAGGCAGGCUCUAACUGAAUUGCACAUAUUGCAACCUUAAAAGCCUAAAGCACUUGUAGUUCUGCUCAUCACUGUGCUUUAUUUCUGCUCAGGGCCUAGGGUUGAAACAUUGUGGUUUGGUUCGGAGUCUCUUGUGUUAUUGUGAAUCAGUUGACUUCAGGUGGUCAUAUUCUUUUCUCUUCUAUCUGUCAUUACGCUUUUUUCUGAUUGUCUGGAAAUGAGGAUGAAGUGUUAAGGAGUCAAACUAGAGCUGGUGGUUUAUUGAAAUGGUGCAUCUCGUAGUUUUGUCCCUCCUGUAGCUGAAAAUGAGAACUGACAGCUUAGUGACACAGCAGUAACUGUUAACAUGCUCGUUAGGAACAUGUUGCCUUGAAAUUGCAGUAAUGAGUAGCAGUUAAUGCUUCUUCAAUCCUGAAAUGCUUUUCUUCUAAGUGGUUUACCAGUGAUGUCAUAAAUUAUCAUAAAAUAGUCGCCGUCUCCUGUCAUGGAUUGCUGUAAUUGCCAGCUUCUGGUGCAGCAACAGCGGCCUUCUAACAGUAAAAGUGCUACAUAUCCACACUCGCUGAAACAUAGCAAUAUGUGCAUUUACCGUGGCCUCUAUUAGUGAACUUAGCUAGGUGAUCGUUACUAGUGCUGGGUAUCGAAAUGGAAUACUUUUAUGCCCCCCACCCAGUUACUCCAAUACAACUAUCGAACAGCUCCCUCAAUACCGAAUUCCAGUACCUUAGUAGCCAUUCUUAGCAUCAAUGAGCCAAUAAGCACGCUCACUGAUGAUUCCAUUCUGUAUGCAUAUUAAUAACAUCAGUGCUUCUUGAUUAGUAUGCAAUCCUUAAGUAUACCCACUUCCAUCAUCUCACCCUUACUUCUGGCUGAAGCCACACCCACUUUCAGUGGGUCUAUAUCUUGCAUUUUUCUUGUGUUUUACUUUUCAACUUGGUCAAAACAUUUCAUGACCGUUUUCCAAUCUUUGUUUUUACUUACAAUUAAACAUGCUGUUUGUUGUUACUGUGCCUUUAAGACUUCUAUAUGUAAAUGAGCUUUCUUCUGAUUGGCUGCCCUGCAUUGUACCUAGUUUUAAAAGGAGACUGGACUGAAACACUCCUUAUAACUUCAGCGUGAGUGGGUGGGGCUAAAUUGCUGUAAGCUGAACAGGCAGAUAAACCAGGCUCUUUUGUUUAAAUGAAAGCGAAGCUAAUUUGGUGUUCCAUGAUAUGGGCCCUCUAAAUUAAAUUAUUAGGGAUCAGAAUUGAAAUCAAAGAUUGAAUGAAAAAAAAAUAUAUAUUGUUUUAGGGGGAAGAAAUCGAAUACCCAGCCCUAGUAAAACACUAUGCGGCAUAUAGUUAAUAUGUAUAUUUGACAGGUCCCGCACGUGAGUCCAAGUUAGGCUAUGAGUUUUUAGUCCUUAAAAAAUUCUUACUUUUGGUCUUUCCAUGAUUCACAGUGUCCUUAACUAUCUCUUUGUUGAAUGUAACUCCAUGGUCUUAAAUGAUUAAUGCUAUGAAUGACUUGUGAUGAUACUUUGAUGGGGUUUGUUAAAGGCACUUGUGGGGGCAUUUAGCUUGGAUAAUGAAUGCGCUUUCUUACAGAUUCUUCUGUACCAAGACAUGAAUUACCACAUUUAGUUGUGGUUCAAAACUUUUACUCUCUAGUUAUGGAGCGAUUUACAAUUAAAGUGAUGUUAAAACUGCAAUAGAACGAAUUUUUGAACUUUCUGAAUGCAUUGGUGAAAAAAGAGCUCCUUUGGUUCUCACUGGACACUCACAGCUUUGUAACAAGAUGUUGCUGUCUAAUAUCAGAUACCGGUUUCUGUAAGACGUUUGCUGCUAAAUGAACUUGUUUGUUUGGUUAUGCCUUUAUUGUGGAAUCUCACAGCCAGUCGGUUCCUAAGAAGCAACACUGAGUCUGCUGUUUCAGCAAAAAAGCUUUAGCGAUAUAAAUUUAGAGGUUUGACCGAUCUCACUUUGUGUCUGUGUGUGCGCAGGUUAAUGUUUAGUUCUUUAACUGAUGUGUCAAACUUACAUUGUGCAGUACUGAUGGUGUGUUGAGAAAGACUGAUAAAAGUGUUAAAUAAUCCA